GAGAUGCUUCUGGGGGUGACAAAUCUAAGAAAGGGUUGAAACGGAAGAAAAUCAUGGAAGAGAGUGGUGAAACAGCGAAGAGGCGAUCUGCUCGAGUCAGGAAUACCAAGUGCAAAAAAGAAGAAAAAGUCGAUUUCCAGGAGCUGCUAGUAAAGUUCCUUCCUUCUCGCCUGAGGAAGCUGGAUCCAGAAGAAGAAGGUCCAUUCAACCACUAUGAGAUCCAAAGCACAACAAAGGAUGAGAACUCACAGCCCCUGGGCUCCCAUAGGAUGUCCCUUGACCUGACAGUCUGCAUGGAAUCUGAGAAGCAGGAUGUUCAUAAGUUCCUCUUGGCUAAUUUGAACAACGGAGGCAUACUUGAACUGAUGAUGAGAUACCUGAAAGUCAUCAGCCAGAAGUUCCUGGUCAAGUGGCCACCAGGCUUGCCCGAGGUUGUUCUGAAUAUCUACAACAACUGGAGAAAGCACAGCAGCAGCCUACCCAACCCACUAUUAAGGGACUGUCACAAUCAACACAUCAGGGAGAUGAUGCUGAUGAGUCUGUCCUGCAUGGAAUUGCAGCUGGAUCAGUGGUUGCUGGCCAAAGGGAAGAGUUCCAUGGUAUCUCCCAGGAAUGGUCCUGCAGCCAGCUUGGCCAAUGGCAAAUUUGGCCCAGAUUUUCCGGGCACGCACUUCUUGGGGGAUCUCCUGCAGCUCUCAUUCGCUUCUUCCCAGCGGGACCUCUUUGAGAAGAGUUGGUUGCAGUUUGCCGUCCGAGUGUAUUGGCUGAAAGCUCGGUUUCUGGCUCUGCAGGGUGAAAUGGAACAGGCCCUGGAGAACUACGAUGUCUGCACGCAGAUGCUUCAGCAUUCUGCUGCCCUCAAAGCCGACUCUGACAGCGACAAGAGGAUGGUGAUCAGACUGCCCAACCUCCAUGUUGACUCUAUGGUUUCUUUGGAAGAGAUUGAUAAGAAUCUGAAGUCCCUGGAGAGAUGCCAAUCUUUGGAGGAGCUUCAGCGCUUGUACGAGGCUGGGGACUACAGGGCUGUGGUUCAGCUGCUCCGCCCAACUUUGUGCCUCAAUGGGGACAGCAGGACGGAGCAUUUGGAGUUGGCCAUCUCCAUUCCAGAGAGGCCAGCCCAACUUCUCUUGCUACAGGACUCCCUUCUUCGGCUGAAGGAUUAUCAGCAGUGCUUGGAAUGCUCCGAAGUGGCCUUGAACGAAGCUUUCCAGCAGAUGAUCAAUACAACAACUGCCUCGGCCAAGGAAGAGUGGGUGGCCACUGUGACUCAGCUGCUCCAGGGCAUCAGUCACUCCCUCUCAGCAAACAGCAGCAGCCUGAGUGAAGUUUCUGCCCUGCCGAAUCUCACCCGAUUUAGUCACAACCUCAUCCAGAUUAUUGAUUCCAGCAUGGUAGUCCAGGAGGAACCCAAAGAGCCGUUUGUGUCCUCGGUGCUUCCCUGGAUUAUUCUUCAUCAGAUUAUUCAGCAUGAAGAAGAAAACAUCCAGCCCCUUUACUGUCAACAUGAGAAGCUGCAGAAUCCACAGGAAGGAGACACGCCUAUGCUGCCCCCUUCCCUUAUGCUGCUGAACACUGCCCAUGAAUACCUUGGAAGGAGAUCCUGGUGCUGCAACUCAGAUGGAGCUCUGCUUAAAUUUUAUGUGCGGGUUCUGCAAAAAGAGCUUUUAGCCUCCACCACAGAAGACACCCAUCCUUAUAAAGAGGAGCUGGAGACCGCCCUGGAGCAGUGUUUUUAUUGCCUGUACGGCUUCCCAAGCAAAAAGAGCAAAGCCCGGUACUUGGAAGAGCAUUCUACCCAGCAGGUGGAAUUGAUGUGGGAAGAUUCCCUAUUCAUGUUUGAAUAUUUUAAGCCCAAGACCCUUCCUGAAUUUGACAGCUAUAAAACCAGUACAGUCUCUGCUGACCUAGCCAACCUUCUGAAGAAGAUGGCCACGAUUGUCCCUCAAACAGAUAAGCCUAUGCUGAGAUUGGAAGAAGUGUCGAGUUACAUUGAAGGGACCUUGAGCAAGGUGCCAUCCCUCCCGGAGGGUGCUGACUUCUCUCCUCCAGUGGUGACCGAGCUAUACUACCUCCUGGCUGACUACCACUUCAAGAAUAAGGAACAGUCCAAGGCCAUCAAGUUCUACAUGCAUGACAUCUGCAUCUGCCCAAACAGGUUUGACUCAUGGGCAGGCAUGGCCCUGGCCCGGGCCAGCCGCAUUCAGGAUAAGCUGAACUCCAAUGAACUGAAGAGCGACAGCCUCAUCUGGAAGCAAUCCACCCCAGUGUUGAGCUGCUUCAAACGAGCCCUUGAGAUCGAUGGCUCCAACCUCUCGCUCUGGAUAGAGUAUGGCACCAUUUCCUACGCUCUGCACUCGUUUGCCUCCCGGCAGCUGAAGCAGUGGAAACCAGAGCUGCCCUCGGAGGUGGUGCAGCAGAUGGAAGAGCGGCGCAAUGGCAUGUUGGAAACGGCCAAGCACUGCUUCACGUCAGCUUCCCGCUGCGAGGGUGACGGAGACGAAGAGGAGUGGCUGAUCCAUUACAUGCUGGGGAAGAUUGCAGAGAAGCAGAAGCAGCCCCCGGGGGUCUAUCUCUUUCACUACAAGCAGGCGGGUCACUUCUUGCACGAAGAGGCAGCACGGUACCCCAAGAAGAUACACUAUCAUAACCCCCCAGAGCUUGCCAUGGAGGCCCUGGAGGUCUACUUUCGGCUCCACGCAUCAAUCCUAAAACUGGUGGGAAAACCUGACUCUGGAGCAGAUGCUGAGCUGCUGGUGACUUUUAUGAAGGAAGCUGCUGAGGGCUCCUUUGCCAGGGGAGAGGAAAAAAACACUCCCAAGCUCUCUGAAAAGGAAAAGCUUUGCAUGGCAGAUGAGGACUCGCAUUCUUCUGCAGGAACUCUGCCAGGCCCCGGGACUUCCCUGCUCUCUUCCUCUGGUCCAGGUCUGACUUCCCCACCCUACACAGCCACUCCAGUUGACCACGAUUACGUCAAAUGUAAAAAAAGCCAUCAGCAGGCAACACCGGAUGCUGCCUUCAUCAGUCAGCAGGAUCCUGCUUCCCUGGGCCUUGAAGACAGGAGUCAGGACAGCAUGGCGGUUGGGCUUUCGGACUCCAAUUCCACCCAGGACACCUUUACGGAGCUUGCCAGCCUCCCGGACAGCAACAAAAAGACUUUUCCCGAGGGGAGGCCCUUGGCUUCCUGCUUGGAUGCCACAGCACCCGGGAAAGAGAUCCUGGUACCCACAGAGGAGAGGGGAAAGCCGGAAGACCCUCUGGGCAGCCCUGACGCCUGCCGUGCUGCGGAACAGAAGCCCUCUCCCCAGGGACCUUGCAAGUUCUCUGCUCCCCCCCUCUCCCAGGGGGACCCGAAUAGACCAACGGAGCUCCUCUGCACCAGCCAGUUUGCCCAGGGCCUCCCCACAGACCUUGAGGAGCAGCGCACUUUUCUGACUGAGCACUGCAUAGCCGCCUUCCACCUCUGCCUCAGCCGCUUCCCUCAGCACUACAAGAGUCUCUACCGUCUGGCCUGCCUCUAUGCCUGCAGCCCCACCCAUAAG